GGUAAACCACAAAAAGGGUAUUUAUUAUGAACUAUUGUGUGCUUCUGAAAAUUUGAAGGAAAAUUUGAAUGAAAAUUUGAAUGAAAAUAGAGGAGUAAUUAAUUUAUUCCACUGAUGAAUUUUUGGAUGCUAAACCGGAUUUUCCUGGGAUCGCAAUAACAGAUGAUGCAAUCAAAUUUUUGUGAUUCCUCCUACGCGGGAUCUCAGGUUGAAAACGAUAAAGUGACGGUCAAACUUUGAAGGUCAAAUUGGACUUCUUAUAGACAUUUGUGUCGAAAAAAAUGGUAUCUAUCAAGAGUUCCAGUGAGAUAUCAUGAGGGGAACACAUGUUUUUGGUCGGCCUUUUGGUCGUUUAGUUUCUUGCCGAUCAGGAAAGAUCAAAGGGGUAUUCAAGGGGAGUAAUUGUAACAAACCUCCGGAGAGAUGUUUGUCUUCUUCGAGCCAAAAUUUGAAGCUGUUUUCCGAUUCAAGCAAGCAACAAGACUUGAGACGAUUCCUAGAGGAGAUUGGUACUGAUCCUAGGGAAGCUCGCUAUUGGCUGCGGCAGUUUCAGCAGCAUGAAUCCACCCCUGAUCAGCCAUUUGCUGUUGUGCAAGUUGACUCACCAAUAUUGAAUGAUAAAGUUAUGUUAGAAAAGCUGGCCUCAUGUUUGGCAUUCUUGCACCGCAAUGGUAUGCCUGUGAUCAUAGUUCAUGGCUUGGAUCCUCAUUCAGAUACUCAAAUCAAGGAUCCCAGGCUAAGAAGGGCUAAGCUGAUUGAAGGCAACAUAGAGCUUGUUGAUCUGUUGGAAAAACAUGGAAGUAAAGCUAGACCUUUUAUGAGUUCUGGUCACGUUCUCUCAGCCAUGGAGCUUGAUGAACCUGGGACUGCUUUUACUGGAAAGAUAUAUGAAGUGGAUGUUAGACCAUUACAAGGAUGUCUAAGAUCAGGACACAUCCCUGUGUUGACAGCAGUAGCAGAAUCCCCCUCAGGUCAAGUACUUUGUGUGGAAUCUCAUCAUGCCGCUGUCAGAAUCGCUGAAGAGUUACAGCCAAUGAAAGUCAUGUUUCUGAACACAGCGGGUGGAUUAGUAGAUAGACAAGGAAAUGUUGUUGGUAAUGUAAAUGUUGCUGAUGAUCUGGAGAGUUUGCUACAACAGCCAUGGUAUACUGAGACAACCAGAGAGCAGGUGGUUUCAAUUGCAGAAUUGCUGAACACUUUACCUAUGUACUCAUCUGCUGUUAUUACCAGUGCUGACUCUUUGAUCACUGAAUUAUUUACUCACAAUGGUUCUGGUACAAUGUUCCUCAGACCAGAAAAAAUUGUCAGACAUCAAUCACUGGAGACUGUUGAUAUUGACAGACUUAAGGAUCUUCUAGUUAAGUCAUUUGAUAAACCACUUAAUGCAGAAUACUUCUCAUCCUUAAAAAAUCGCCUGCAUACCUUGUAUGUCACGGAGAGCUACAGUACAGCAGCAGUUAUUACCAAUGAAGAUGGCCUUGAUGACAUUCCAUAUAUGGAUAAAUUUACUGUUGGCAGAAAUAGUCAGGGUCUUGGAACAAGUGACAAUUUGUGGAAGAAAAUAAAACAAGAUUUUAGCAGCCUAUUCUGGAGAUCUAGAGGAACAAAUCGCAUUAAUCCUUGGUAUUUUAUCAGGUCUGAUGGGAGUUGGACAAAUGGAAAGUGGACUGUAUUCUGGUAUGGAGUAAAUGAUCAUAUCUUGACGCAUAAGCUUGUUCAACAUGCCAUUCAGUUGCCACCAUCCUUUGAUCCUAUUGCUCCUCGUAAGUACAAUGAUAUUUUUAGUAUCUAAAGAAGUCUGCAUACCACUUUUAGGCAUUUGCUUUGUUCUCUGGGGCUUCUUGUUGUCAGCCCUUUUGGUGAGCACAGUAGCUUGAUGAUCACCUUGUUGGACUUCAGAUUGAAAGGUCUGGGUUAGAGUC